AUGUCACUUGAUCAUAAACAGCCUAUUUCAACCCAUCCUCAUCUUAAAGACCUUAUAUCUGGUCAAGCAAUCAGUCCGAAUGAAUGGAUCAAGCAUGAAUUAAUACGUAUUCAAAAUGAUAUCCGACCAAGACACUGUCAAAGCUACAGCGAGCUUGUACAAAUGAUAGAAGAGCCAUUCCGAUUUGAAGUCUAUAAAACAUCAGUCACUGGAUCGGCUCUUUCCUACAAGAGAAAAUCCGUCAUGUCCUAUUACACCUUACAGCUACAUAAUAUAGAGCAGGUUAGAAAGAGACUGGUUGCAGAUAAAAGACAACCUUCGUCCGUACUUUUAUGUCGCGCCUUUCUUGGUCUUUGGCAACAUUAUCACUGUACCAGUUCGCCUAGACAACUCUUGUAUGAAUUUGACAAGAUGCGGGUAGACAUGAAGUUACGAAAGCCGGUGCAUCCGUUUCAUUUUAAAGCUAAAUUAAUGACUAUUUUGCUCGGAAAGGUCAAGUUGACCGAGAGAUUGGUUAAACCGUGGCAAUGGAUAUGUGAAUGGGUGACUACAGCUACUGUAGAUGAUAUGAAUGAACAGGAAGGUACUCAAUGGAUUCAGCUGAGCAUAAGUAUUUUUAUUAUAGCCAAAAAACUUUAUAUCAAAGGACUAUCACCACCCUGA